AUGGCGGAGAACGGCUCCCUGAGGAACGGCUGCGAGAUUGGUGGGUGCGGGAGUCCUCUGGGCUCAGAGGCAGCUCAGGUGCUGCCCCGCAUGUCCUCUUGGGUGGCUCCGGCACUGACCGUUGUGCUGAUCGUCACCGAGGACCUGGUGGGCAAUCCGCUGGUCAUCCUGUCCGUCCUCAGGAACCGCAAACUCCACAACAUGGGAAACGCCUUCCUGGUGAGCCUGGCUUUGGCCGACCUGAUGGUGGUGCUCUGCCCUUAUCCGCUGACCCUGUCGGCCGUCUUCCACGAAGGCUGGACCCUGGGAGGAGGAUACUGAACGAUCAGCGGCAUCGUCCUGGGACUGAGCGUCGUCGGCUCGGUUUUCAACAUCACCGCCAUUGCACUAAACCGGUAUUGCUACAUCUGUCACCACUUGGUGUACGACAGGGUCUACCGGGAAUAGAAGAGUUUGCUCCGCAUCGGCCUAGUCUGGCUCUUCACCGUCCUGCUCAUCGCUCCUUGUUUCCUGGUUGGCUCCAUCAGGUAUGACCCCCUGAUCUAUUCGUGCACGUUGGCCCAGAUGGCCAGCUCCACCUUCACCAUCGUGACGGUGCUCAUGCAUUUCAUCGUCCCCAUCACCGUCGUCUCCUUCUGCUACUUUCAGAUCUGGGUCAUCAUGAUCCGGGCCAGGAGGAGGGUCCGGUCCGGCGCCAGAGCCGGGGCGCGGCCGACCGACGUCGGGCACUUCCUCAGCGUGUUUGUGGUUUUCGUGAUCUUUGCCGUCUGCUGGGCCCCAGUUAACCUCAUCGGCCUCGCCGUGGCCAGUGACCCUACGGGGAUAGCCCCUAGGAUCCCGGUGGGGCUGUACGCCUUCAGCUACAUGCUGGCCUACGUCAACAGCGGCCUCAACGCGGUGGUGUACGGUUUCCUGAACCCGAAUUUCAGGCCGGAAUAUAGGAGAAUUCUUCGGUCUCUGUGGGAUCCAAGAUGGCUCUUCCGGGAGCUGCCCCAGGAAGGGACUAAACGUUAG